UGAAUAGUCGUGCACUUUAACGAUUAAUAUCUCGGUUCGUGAGGCAGAGUGAAUGUAAAAACGCAUUGAAUAAGUAUAAUUUCAUCGAUUUUUUAGGUGAACACCCUCCAUUCUUUUAUCUUGGGUUUCACGAUGUCCGAAAUUAGUGCAAUGACAACGAUAAUAUGUAGAAUGUUUAGCAAGAAAGCAGUCAGGUCACUUACUAAGCCACUCGCCGGUAUUCGUAAAAGAAUGGAAUUGAAAUAUAAGGAUGAAUCGGUUGACAGUUUCGAUGCUGAAGACGUAAGUGAAUUCGAAGCGGACUUUAUGAAUAUCGGUAUUAGUCACAAGAUGUAUGAAAGAGAGAUGCAGAACAGAAAAGAACAUCUUAAACAACAGAUUGUUGUCAAAAAGUAUUUUAAAGAGAAAGAACCACGUUUUCUGACAUUUGCUGAAAAGGAACUAAUUCAUAAGUUACAUAACUUUAAUCCCGAGGAGUGGACAAUAGAGAAACUUAGCGAAAGUUUUCCUGCUUUACCACAGACAAUACGAAAAAUCUUGCGUACUAAAUGGUCACCAAAAUCAGAGAAGAAUCUUGUGGAAUAUGAUAAUGUGGUGAAGCAAAAUUGGGAAAAAUUUCGAAUGGGUAAACUUUCAUUAAGUCCCAUACUCAGUGAACAUUUGAUGAAAUUUAAGGACAGAAAAAUUAUUUCGACAGACAGAGAAUUGUUAGCAAAACAGUUUGUUCCUAAACUAGAAUUCAAGAAACCAAAGAGUCAGUUAUUUUCUAGUAUUGUACAAACUUAUCUAGAAGAGAAACAAGAGGAUAUGAAAUUAUUGUCACAAGAGCAUAACUCAAGUAAAUUGACAGAUAAAUCUGAUUAUGGUAAAAAUCAAAAUUUAUUGAUUUCAAGCACUGCAACUGACAGUAUGGAUGUUAUUAAGAGUACAAAUACUUUUAAAUUAAAUAAAGAACGAUCUUGUACAUUGCGUAUAAAUUCACAAAAAUUUGAUGUACCAUUUAAUAAGAAAACAGAGAAAUUACUUACAUUUGAUGAAUUUGUUAAGGUGAAACUUGAAGACAUAAAUGAGGAAUCUCCGGAAGAAGGUAUGAUUCUCCUAAAUGCAUACAGGAAACAGAUAGAUGCUAGUCAAGACAUGCAGACUACAGAAGUUGCCACAGCAUCUGACAAUGCAGAAAUUUAUGCCAAAGAAGGUGCUCCAACAAAAAUUGUACGACAAUCUGAGAAAGAUGUUACCAUAGUUUCUAAGGAUAAAAAUAGAAAUUUUAAUAUUGUUGAAUCAGAUGAUAAUUUGUUAAAUACUAGUAUCAAAGCAAGGAAUAAAAAAGUGGAUGUAGAAUUAAACUAUGUUAAGCCAAUAAAGAUUGCAAAGCAUCUUUACAAACCUGGCAUGACGUAUCGAAUCAGCGAUUGUUAUUACGAUGAUGAUGGAGAAUUUUUAUAUCGUGUUCCAAGUGUAUAUAGUUAA